UGAACAAAAUCAAGUUAGAGAAAUAAGCAAAUAGACUUCCAAAAACUUUCAACUCUCAAAGCUCAAGAGCAGCUGAAAUUCAAAAAAAAUGCCGAUUUCUAGAAUUGCAAUUGGUACUCCAGGAGAGGCUAGCCGUCCCGACGCGAUUAGAGCUGCAUUUGCCGAGUUUUUCUCCAUGCUUAUUUUUGUUUUUGCUGGGGAAGGAUCUGGCAUGGCUUUUAACAAGCUUACUGAUAAUGGGUCAACAACACCAUCUGGGCUUGUUGCUGCUGCGCUGGCUCAUGCAUUUGCACUUUUUGUGGCGGUUUCUGUUGGUGCAAACAUUUCUGGGGGGCAUGUAAACCCUGCUGUGACUUUUGGUGCUUUUAUUGGUGGAAACAUUACUCUGUUGAGGACCAUUUUGUAUUGGAUUGCACAGUUGCUCGGCUCAGUUGUUGCUUGCUUGCUUCUUAAGUUUGCCACUGGUGGACAGGAAACAUCAGCAUUCUCCCUAUCAUCUGGCGUGUCUGUAUGGAAUGCGGUGGUUUUUGAGAUUGUGAUGACCUUUGGGCUUGUCUACACUGUGUAUGCCACGGCGGUGGAUCCAAAGAAGGGGAAUGUAGGCAUAGUUGCACCCAUUGCAAUUGGUUUCAUUGUGGGUGCCAACAUAUUGGCUGGUGGUGCCUUUGAUGGUGCAUCCAUGAACCCAGCAGUCUCCUUUGGCCCUGCCGUGGUUAGCUGGUCAUGGACUAACCACUGGGUCUACUGGCUUGGCCCAAUGGCCGGUGCAGCCAUUGCAGCCAUUGUCUAUGACAACAUCUUUAUUGGCGAGGUUACACACGAGCCACUUCCCACCAAUGAUUUUUAAGAAUAUUGAUUUAAUCUCUCUCUCUCUCUCUAGAUUAGUGCAUGAGAGAAUAAAGAUGGGAAAGAAAUGCGAUUCUUCUUGUGAUAGUCUGGGGAAUGGAAUUCAAUUUCCAUGUACUUCUGUUGUAGGUGUUCUUCUUGUUGUUUUCCAUUUGUGCUCGAGGAAUGGGUGAGCUUUUUGUAUGUCUUACUAAAUCAAUGAAUGAAUUGUUUGUUUU